AUGGCCUCGUCCUACGCCUUGCCAUCCUCCGCUCUGCCGCACGCUCACCAUCACCACAUGCACUCCCACUCCCACUCGCCGCCGUCCCUUCACGCAUUGAAGUCGACAAUGUCCACCGGCGGGCUGCACUCCCACAGCCAGAGCCAAGACUCGACCGGCAGCAGCCACGCACAUAACCACGAUCAUUCACACGGCCACAAUGGCCACGCCCACGGCGGCCACUCACAUCACCGAGCGAACUCGAGCCAGUCGUCCAUUCCUCGAGAAAGAGCGGCGCCUCGCUCUCUCGCUUCAAUGGACGGCUGGAAGACGGACAUCACACCGAGCGGUCGUCAGUUGUUGACGCCUACAAAUGGGUCCUUUUCGGAAACGUUCCAGCCUCUUGACGGCGCAAUGACGAUAGACGAGCAUUCUCACGAUCAUCACGAUCACGAUCAUUCACACUCGCACGACCACGCUCAUGGCGAUUGCCAUGGCCACGACCAUCACGGCCAUUCACACGCCCACAGCCACAGCCACAGCCACUCCCACUCCCACUCUCACGACCAUGCGAAGCCGUCUCUGUUUACGAGGGUUCUCCUGAAAUAUACGCCGGCGGUUCCGGUCCUCCACACCAUUCUCGUUGAGAAGGACUCGAGAAGAAUCUUUUACUUCAUGACUCUCAACUUUGGCUUCAUGGCCGUACAAGCGUUUUACGGCUACGUCACCGACUCGCUCGGUCUCCUCAGCGACACGAUUCACAUGUUUUUCGACUGCUUUGCCCUCUUUGUUGGUCUUUGCGCCGCAGUCACUAGCAAAUGGCCUCAGAGCCAGCGAUUUCCAUUCGGGCUUGGAAAGAUCGAGACACUGAGUGGUUUCGCCAAUGGCAUCUUGCUGAUGCUUCUUAGCGUUGAGAUUAUCGUGGAGGCGUUUGAGCGAAUUUGGGAAGGUCAAGAACUUCACCGAUUGCGGGAGCUUCUCAUUGUUAGCUUCCUCGGCGGUGUCAUCAACCUGCUGGGCCUUUGGGGCUUUGGGCACCAUCACCACGGCCACGACCAUGGCCACGGCCACUCGCACUCACACGAUGACCACGACCACGGGCAUGAUCAUUCGCACGGAAAGAAGCAUAGCCACGGGCACUCGCAUCAUAACGACAACAUGGAGGGUAUUUUUCUGCAUGUUCUGGCCGAUACGAUGGGAAGCGCGUCCGUAGUGCUGUCGACAAUCUUGACGUACUACACGGGCUGGACGUUUUGGGACCCCUUGGCCUCUUGCGCCAUUGCGAUCCUGAUUUUCCUCGCGGCGAUUCCGCUCAUCAAGUCGUCCGCGCGCAACCUACUUCUCAAUAUCCCCGACGACAUUGAGUACAACCUGCGUAAUACGCUCGCGGGGAUUUUGCAGCAAAAGGGUGUCGUUAACUACUCGGUGCCCAAGUUCUGGAUGGACCACCGGAGCAGCGAGGACUCGGGGGACAAGCUGCAGGGCAUCGUGCACGUCGUGGCGGGGAGAGGUGCGAGCCUAGACGAAGUACGGGAUCGCGUGCGGGAAUACCUCUUGAAGAACUCAAUGGACAUUGUAGUCCAGGUUGAAAGAGAAGGCGACGGCAGCUGCUGGUGCGGCGUUGGAAGGUCGACGGGAUUGGCCACGACACCCCUCAAGAGGGCAUUUUAG